GAUCUUCCAUGCAUAGCAAUCCGCUAUACUAAACUAAAGUUGAAUUUAAAGUAGACUAGAUCCAUCGUAAUUCGUCUCUCAAUACGCACAUUAAAGACGUUCUUCUAUAUUUUUAAAAGGUUAGAACCGCGCGAAGCAUCUUGGAAGUAAUUUCAACUUAGAAGUGAUUUCAGUCACGCAUCAAAUCAAUAAGUUGUAACGCCACAAAGCAACGCGUGACGUGAUGAACAGUAAAGACCGAGGAAGGCCUGGGAAGUACGAGCAGCUUCGCCUUGAUUGUCUUCGCGAAGGAAAGUUGUACGAAGACCGAGACUUUCCGGCUAAUAGUCGAUCCUUAUACUCAAAGAAUCCUCCAAAGGUCAAUAUAGUAUGGAAAAGGCCAGGGGAAAUUUGUCAGAAUCCAAAGUUCUUUUCUGAUGGUGUGGAUCGACAUGACAUUGCUCAAGGAAACCUCCAAAACUGCUGGCUCGUCUCUGCUCUAUCAACCUUAUCACAGUACAAAUCCCUCCUUUAUCGCGUCUGCCCUCCGCACCAGACCUUCCGCAAAGAUCACUACUGCGGCUUGUUCGUCUUUCGGUUCUGGAGAUUCGGAGAAUGGAUUGAGGUGAUAGUGGACGACAGACUUCCUACUUACAAUGGGCGUCUUUAUUUCGCCAAAUCUACGGAUCCCAAUGAGUUCUGGUGCAGCUUAGUGGAAAAAGCUUACUGCAAGUUAUACGGCACGUACGAGUCCCUUGCUUAUGGUCUUCAGAGCGAAGCGCUACAAGACUUCACAGGCGGGCUUGUCGAGAAUAUUAAGCUUUCAAAUCCACCAGAAAAUUUGUUCGAGUUUUUGAGCAAAUCAGUUCAACGACAUUCUUUGCUGGGAGCCAGCAUAGCGCCGAAAUCUGGUGUCAAUAUUCUCCAUCAACCAAACGUUGAACCACCCAGCUUUCCUGAGCGUCCCGUUAUACACCUGAUUCGACUUAGAAAUCCGUGGGGAAACGAUGCCGAGUGGAAGGGUGCUUGGAGUGACAAAUCUUCGCAGUGGAAAAUGCUUUCAGCUCGUCAAAAACUACAAUUGGAUUUGACUUUUGAAGACGAUGGGGAAUUUUGGAUGGACCUUAAAGACUUUCUUCGCACUUUCUCCUUAAUUGAAAUCUGCAUGCUCACCCCAGACAGCGUGACAGACGAACACAAGAAGAAAUGGGAGCUCAGAAUAGAAACGGGACGAUGGCAGGCAGGAGUCAACGCUGGAGGGUUUAGGAACUUCAUAACAUACUUUGAUAGAAACCCACAAAUAAGGGUAAAACUGGAGGAACCAGACGAUGAUUGCGAGAGGAACGGUUGCUCAAUGGUGAUCGCUUUGAUGAGAAAAGACAACAGAAGACUUCAGAGGGAGGUCCCUAUUGGUUUUGCUGUAUAUAAGGUCCCUAGCAGCCUUGGAAAACAUCAAAGACUUGACCAAAAGUUUUUCGAAUACAACCAUGCAGUUGCUAAAACAAACAUGUUUACAAAAGAGCGAGAGAUAAUGCUACGUUGCUUGCUGGACCGAGGAGAAUACAUUAUUGUCCCGUCGACGUACGAACCAAACCAACAAGCGGAUUUUCUGCUUCGUAUAUUUGCAGAGAAAUGCCACGAUAUCAACGCUACGCAUUCAUUCAUUCGUAAAUCCACCGUGUCUUCGUACUAUAAGUCCAUCAUUAUCCCCGAUUUCCAGCCAAAACUUUCCAAUUUCGACCGAACAAAGUUCGAACAAACUUACCGGAAGUUCUUCUUGGACAUCGCUKGUGAGCGACAUUUCCAGUACUAUGACAAAGAUAACAUCGGCGAGAUGGGCGCGUACGAGUUACGUGAUGCUCUCAAGGGACUAARRAGUUUUCUUAGAAGAUCGCGAGCUUCGCGGACUGGCAAGGUUGUUUUUAGCAUGGAUGACUACAACAAAAAUGGUGUUUUGGAGUAUGAAGAAUUCGUUGAGCUCUGGAUGUUGAUCAAAACUUGGAAGCGACAUUUCCAGUACUAUGACAAAGAUAACAUCGGCGAGAUGGGCGCGUACGAGUUACGUGAUGCUCUCAAGGGACUAAAUUUCAAGCUUAGUAAUCGUUCACUGGAGACCAUUGUACUGAGGUUCCACAGUAAGCGUGGUGUCAUCAGUUUCGACAUGUUCGUACAGAUUAACGUCAGGCUUGUUUUGAUGUUCGAAAGUUUUCUUAGAAGAUCGCGAGCUUCGCGGACUGGCAAGGUUGUUUUUAGCAUGGAUGACGUAAGUAUGAAUUCAUUAUGGCAACUCUCUGCAUUUGAAGACAUGUCACUACCCAGCCUGCAACAGGAGCAAAAUCACUCCAAUUAAUCAGUAAACUACUUCGAACAUCUAUGUUGAUUGUUGUAGACUAAGUGUUAUCCCACACAUUGAAGAUACAGCCAAUCAAAAUGCAUGAAGACCGAUGUGCAUGUGAUGGUUUUUCAAUGCUGUGAUAGAAAAUAGUUAUUCAAUGCUUCCUCGUGAUACACCAUGGAAUAUCCCACUUCUCAAUUAUAUAUCUUUAGCAAACAGCACGAUCCCCUAAAGGCUUGUGCAAGAAGCCAUGGUAUGCCACUCAAAAUAUUAUUAUUAAAUAUUAUUAUUAUUCUA